AUGGAUUGGAAGAGCAUAUUUCUAGAUCGUGUUCUAUUUCAAACUGCACUUAAAAAACCGGAUCAGAACCAUUUUCCCAAAGUUAAAAGUAACAGUUUUAUUGUUGACUCUGGCUAUACCGAACCUGGCUAUACCGAACUCUGGAUAUA